CACUCGGGUUUAGGGAAGUUGGGGUUAAUUUCCGCUCGGUAGUGGCCGUUCAUCUAUAAUAGCCGUCAACUCCUCUCUGCCGACAGCCGUCGUCAUGUCCAACAACAAUGCCAGCAACAACUUAAUUAUCGCUCAGAGGGCCGUGAAGCAGCUCCGGUUAGAGGCCAGUAUCCGGAGGAUCAAGGUGUCCCAGGCUGCUGCUGAGCUGAGAAACUUCUGUCUGCAAAAUGCCUCCAAGGACCCUCUCCUGGUCGGGGUCCCCUCCAGUGAUAAUCCCUUCAGACCUCCCAAGUCCUGCUCCCUGUUCUGAGAAAGAAACAAAGAGGAUCGGCAAAUUUCCCCAUCGAAGGCUUUCUUCACUUCUACUUGAUGUCUCUGUAGAUCUAUCAGCUCCUCUUGGGAUGAUGCAACAUUGGAAUUGGGUGGCGUUGGGGUUGGGGUUGGGGUUCGUCCACUUGUUUGCCAAAACUAACGGUAUCAUAACACCCAUCUGUUACAUUAAAGCAGGGCCAAACUACAUGUUCAAAAAAAUUGUUAUUGACACUAGCCUGACUAAUGAUUAAGCUGUCCUUAGUUUACCUAGUGCUUAACAUGCCCCGUGUCAGUUUACUGACUUAACAGUGUCUGUCUCCAGUCAGUGAAAUGCAGUCCAUGUGAUUUGCUACGGAAAGUACAACGUCCUUUUAUAUUUUGUGUGGAAAGUGGAGAAACUAUCAAAUAUUAAUUUAAACCAGGUGCUGUUUCAAGAAUAAGAAAAUGCUGUGUUAAAUAUAUGCAUAUAUAUAUAUAUAUAUACAUAUAUAUGUAUAGAUACACUGUAUUUCAUGUUGUGUCUUUACAAAACACUAACUGUGUAUGUGGCCAACAGACAUACUACUAGCUUCUGAGCUAAAAUGAUUGGUGUCUUAAACUACUCAUAUAUUUGUGGCAAUAGUAAAUGUGUUACUACUACUCUGAGGUACAAUAACACGGUACAGACUUUUAACACUUUCAGUGCAGGGCAUAUGAUUGUUGAUUAAGUGUUCAUCCAGUCCUUUUUGUGUAUAUAUUUAACAGCCUGUUAAGGGUGCUUUUAUUAGCCUAUAUCUGUUCCUGUCUUUAAUUUAAAAAAAAAAAAAAACAUGUCAAGGCCUUACACUAUUUGGAUAGUGAAACCUAGUAGUAAAUUUGAUGUAUAUCACUUUAGAUACAUAGAUGUUCACUUUAGAUACACAGAUGUUCAUAGUUAUUCAAAACGUCCAAAUAUUGUUUGUAUUUAAUGAAAAAUGCUGCAGUGACUUGUUGCAAUAAUCAAUUUCCACACUGGAAUCAUGCUCGGAUCAACCAAAACUUUUACUACUGUUAGCCUUUAUCUUUCUUAACUUUGCUACUGUGGGCAGCCUUUUAGAAAUUAAAUGACGUUUUUGGACAGGAA